CUGUGCGGCCCAGUUCACAGUUGACUGUUGAGGGAGCGGCCGAGAGGACAGGAGCGUGCGACCUGACAAAGAAUCGUCCGCAAUGGAAGCAGUUAAGGACGUGACGGAGACAGUGACUGUGGACCUGGGUGCACUCCUGGAUGCCGGGGACGACGCCAUGGUGAUACUCGAGGCAGGUGACACGCGGCUGGUGGUGCACAGGGCCGUCCUGGUGGACAGGAGCCCCGUGUUAGCGGCCAUGUUCGCCCACGACACCCUCGAGGCCUGCACUGCCGUGGUGAGGAUUGCCGACGUGGGGGGCCCGGUGCUGAGGCAGCUGGUCUCCUACCUGUACACCCUGCGGGCCCCCCAGCUGCCCGGCACGGCCCCCCAGCUGCUGGCCGCAGCGGAUAAGUACGGGGUGUCGGGGCUGAAGGCAGAGUGCGAGCGGCAGGUGGCCGCUCAGCUGACUGUCGAGACCGCGGCAGCGACAGCCGUCCUCGCAGUCCGCCACUCCUGCAGUGACCUCAGGCGAGCCGCCAUCGAAUUUAUUAAGGCACGUACCCACGAGGUGAUGGCCACUCAGGGGUGGGCAGAUGCGAUGCUUCAUCAACCUAAGGACUUGAUCGAAGUGAGCAGAUUGCUGUAUGAUCCACCACCAAAAAGCAGCGCACCAGUCGUUACAGAGCUGAGUACCACAAUCAGAACCACCACCACCUCCGCCGCUGCCGCCACCUCUGCCAGCGCACCUUGCCAGACACCUGCUGCUGCGCGGCCCACGACUCCUCCACCUGAUGAGGCCACAGUCUCUCAAAUGCGGAGCCUUUGUGGGGCAGAGCGAGGCAGGAGGCUGAUAGAGGCGGCUAAGAAAGGGGCGGUGGAGGAGGUGCGGGCGUUGCUCGCGGCUGGGGCGGUGGUGGGGGCGAGAGACGGGGUCGGGUGGACCGCCCUGCACUGGGCUGCAUGGAGAGACCACGCGGCUGUGGUGCGGCUGCUGCUCUCUGCGGCGUCCGACCCCAACGCCAGGGAUCAGUGGGGGCAGACGCCGCUGCACUUGGCGGCACAGGAUGGCCACGCAGAAGCGGCGGCUGCGUUGCUGCAGGCCGGAGCCGACAGGGGGGCGGCGGAUGAAGAUGGGGACACCCCCCUGGACUUCGCCAGGCGGCAAAACCGGCAGCAGCUCGUCGAGAUGCUAACAGAGAGCGUUAAUACGUGCCAGUAG